UGGUGGCCUGGGCCUCCCUCUGCGGGGCGAUCAUGGGGCAACAGCAGGGCCCCCUACCCAUUGCAUCGCACCCGCCUUGGUUGGCCUGGUGCCAGUGCAUGUCAUAGUGUGGUCAUCUGGAUGGUCGUUCGCUAUUCGGCCAUUCGGUCAAUUUGCAUAUUAUGCUUUUAUUAUUAUAGAUACCUACAUGUGCAAAGCAUAUUAUUUAUUCAAUUGACAAUAAGUCUUCUGUGUACAUAUAGUUUCCAGGAGCCCUUGCAAUAAUUCAGAAAUUCUCACCCCAGAAGGCUGCAGCCCACCAGGCUAGGAAACAUUGUUUUAGUAUAAUACAGAAGAGGAAAAGGGUUUGCUUCCUAGGGUGAAGCACCAUAUAAGGAAUGCAAUCAUGGAGUAUUUGGGUAGGAAAGAGGGGCAUUUUAUCCAGGAAGAGAAAGCAUGAGGGAAAUUUUGAAGCUAGGGUAAUCAACUAGAUAUGAGAUGACAAGAACUUCAAGAAGUAGGGGAGUAAUAGGAAUGGAAAGAAAGGAAUAGCUAUGUAAGACAAGGAAAAAAAACACAUCGGAAUUAGUGACUGAUUAGACAGGAAGGGGAAAGAAGUCACAAACCUAGUUGCUCUACUUUAGAAUCCCUGCUGUUCAUCCAUUAUGUGGCUUCUGGCUAGACUAGAGAAAAGGCCAGAGAGGAACCCCUGAGGAACAUCCUGGACCUGCAUAGAAACUUACCUGAAAUAUUUUCAGAGUCUGAGAUUCACCCUCACUCUGACCUAUUUCACCCUGCCUCCCCCAAAUCUCUUAACACUCUAAUAAUUUCCAUGGUAAGCCCAACAAGAACACCAUUUAAAGUUCCUAUUGAGCUUGGUCUGCUAAAGCCAAUGAGAUUCUCCAUGUUGGCCUGGGCCUGGAGACUAGAAAAAAAGUAAUAUUGGACCGAAGCCACCUGUUUUUAUUAACUCCUUCCCUGGGCUCUCUUCAGCCUUUGAUGAGGGGCAGAGCAUAAGGCGAUUUGACCAGGACCAAAGGGUUGGGUUAAGCUCGACUGGAAUAAUGAGGGCAGUUUGAUCCUCUAGAGAGAUCAGAAGUUUGACAACUUGUUCAAUGCAUCGUGCAAGUCCUCCCUUCCCUCCUCCUUCACCCCCUCCCCAGUCUCUCCCCCUACUGUCCUCUCCCACCUCCAACUGAUCAUGGCAUCAGAAGCAGAAAAAACAUUCAAACGGUUUGCUGUCUUCGGAGAAUCAUCAAGCAGUGGCGUUGAAAUUAACAACAAAAACUUCUCCAAGCUGUGCAAAGACUGUGGCAUCAUGGAUGGCAAGAUGGUCACUUCCACUGAUGUGGACAUCGUGUUCAGCAAAGUCAAGGACAAGAAUGCACGAACCAUCACAUUUCCACAGUUCCAGGAAGCAAUGAAGGAACUGGGCCAGAAGCGGUUUAAGGGGAAGAACCCAGAUGAAACCCUAGAGAGCAUUUAUAAACUCAUGGAGGGCAAGGAUCCAGCUACCCCUGGUGUUACUAAAGCAACAACCGUGGGCGGAGUGAGCCGGCUGACAGACACCAGCAAGUACACUGGCAGCCACAAGGAGCGCUUUGACGAGAGUGGCAAGGGCAAAGGCAUAGCAGGACGGGAAGAGAGGAGUGAAAACUCAGGCUAUGUGAGUGCCUACAAGGGUGCUGGCACCUAUGAUAAGAAGAAGGAGAGUAAGUAGGGAGUAACCUCAUCUUAGCCUGCCAGCCCUUGACCCAGCAUCUUUAAUACUGGGGAGCUCAGGAAACAAUAAAUAUGUGUGUGUGCAGCAGCUAAUGAACUCUGUCUUCAGCCAGGAAAGGGGGAAGGGAAGGGUGGACUCAUGGGGGAUGCAGGGGGGGUUGGGGGGGAGAGAGUGAGAGAGAGAGACAGACAGACAGACAGACAGACACGCGAGGAGAGAAAGCCCAAGGAGUCAGGGUUUCCAAAACUCCAUCUUUUUCCCUACUUAGCCUGAUGCCCUGAGCCAGAGUUAGCAUUCUCCUCAACAACUGCUUCUAAGGUCAGGUCUGAGGAGUAUAGUCGGAGAUACGAGAUGAACCAGCUGUGGAGAUAAAGUAUUCGCUACUUGCAUUCACACACCACUGACAUUCAACCUCCUCUACCUGCCAAAGGGGAAUAGAACUUCCUGAUUUGAUGUAGAAUGACCCAGAUAUCACCAACCAGACCUCUGUCCUUCCACCUUCCUGAUCUGCUGCAAUCCACAUUUCAUUGUGGGGAGAAACAGAAGCCAGCUAGGGUGGGCCAAGGAUCUACUUAGUCUGACUGCGAUUAUGAGUUUGUUCCAGUGCUAGGGGAAGGGAGAAUCCAUUUUCAUUACUCAGCUGGAAGUGAGUUUUACCCCUCCACACCUCCAUCAUGGUUCUCCUGGAACAGAAGAUCCUACUGACAGCUAAAGGUAGCCCAGGAAGAUGGCCAGAGUGGUCGUUUUAAUGCACUAAGAAAAAAGGAAUGAAAUCAGAACU